GGUGGAAGCGAAGGUUGCUGACCUCCUCGUGUGGACGUACGCCCGGCACGUGUAUCAUCAUCCGUCUUUUUCUCCUCCUUCCCUUUCCCCUCCUCCCCCUCCUUAAGACCCCUCCCCUCCCCUCUCCACGCUCUCCAUGUCCUUGGGGUGGCUGAGCUUUCUCAUGGAGGUGGAGUAUCAAGAGGAGUUUAUUAGGAAUUCAAGAGGGGUGCAGCUCUUUACUUGCAGAUGGUUGCCAUCUUCUUCAUCACCAAAAGCCCUUGUCUUCCUUUGCCAUGGGUAUGGCAUGGAGUGCAGUGAAUUCAUGAAAGCGGUUGGGACGGGGCUCGCGGGCGCGGGAUACGCGGUGUACGGCAUGGAUUACGAGGGACACGGGAAGUCGGACGGGAGGCGCUGCUACAUCAGGAAGUUCGGCAAUGUGGUCGCCGACUGCGAUCGCUUCUUCAAGUCCAUUUGCGUGAAGGAGGACUACAUAAAUAAGAGCCGGUUCCUCUACGGGGAGUCGAUGGGAGGCGCCGUGGCUCUCCUGCUUCACAAAAGGGAUCCCACAUUCUGGGAUGGUGCAGUCCUCGUAGCGCCGAUGUGCAAGAUCUCGGAGGAAAUGAAGCCGAGUCCCCUGGUGGUGAACAUCCUAACCCAGGUAGAGGAUAUCAUACCCACCUGGAAGAUAGUUCCCACCAAGCAAAUCGUGGACACCGCCUUCAGAGACCCCGUCAAACGCGAAGAGAUCCGGCACAACAAGCUGAUAUACCAGGACAAGCCCCGGCUCAAGACAGCGUUGGAGUUGCUUAGGACCAGCAUGGAACUUGAGGACAGCUUGUCCAAGGUGAGUCUUCCCUUCUUGGUGCUUCAUGGGGAGGCGGACACGGUGACCGACCCAGAGGUGAGCCGAGCGCUUUACGAGCGGGCCAGCAGCGUCGACAAGACCAUCACGCUCUACGCCGGGAUGUGGCAUGGCCUCACUUCCGGGGAGCCCGACGAUAACGUGGAGAAAGUCUUCUCGGACGUCAUCACUUGGCUCGACCACCGAGCCCAUGAAAGGCCCGGGAGGUCGCCCUCCAUCAGGAACAUCACCUGCGUCGACGCCAGCCCGUCGCCCAAGGUCAAGAGGUGGCCUAGUGGUGCCACCGCCGAGCGGCGGCCUAGUGGGGGAUUUUGCUUUGGGUGGAAAGGGCGGACGGAGCCCCACUCGGCUCUGUAAGGAGAUAUCCACUAGCUGUCAAAACAUUUCAACAAACACUUGGGAACAUGGAAAAAGGGAAGUUGGAAAGGGUGGGUUGGGAAUCAAAAGAAAAAAUAAAAAAAAUGUGACAGGUGACCUGGGACUCAUAGUAAUAAAAGCAGAAAGGGUUUCAUAGAUCAAAGCCCAGCUGCUGUAAUUGAUGCUUUCCUUCGAGCUCAAACGGGAACAACCAUGCAAGUUUGCAUGCAACUAAGGCUCAAAAAGACAAGCGAAGUUACCAUGACGUAGUUAAAAAUUUGAAGCUUCUGAUGAUUGAAUAAUGCCAAAA